AUGUCUGCAACUUACUCACCCGAACAGCAAUUUAACGACCCAUAUUGCCCACCAACAUCAGUUGCUCUCGGAUAUGUCGGAAUUGCCUGCGCUCUUUCUUUCACAUCAUUAGGAAGUGCUUAUGGCACAUUCAAAUCUGCCAUCGGCUUGUUCAAGGUCUGCUCUGAGCAUCCAGAACUCUUCUACCGUUCUAUGAUGCCAGUCAUUAUGGCCGGUAUUGUCGGUAUCUACGGUUUAGUCGCUGCAAUUAUUUCAUCAACAAAUAUUCACUAUCCAUUCUCACAAUUCAAAUCAUACGCUAUCUUCAGUGGUGGUCUUUGUGUCGGUCUUGCUGGUUUAGCAUCAGGCUGCGCUAUCGGAAUUGCUGGUGAUGUUUCAUGUCGCGCUAUGAGCUCUCAUCCAGAACUUUUCAUGGGUGCUAUGCUUAUUUUGAUUUUCGGAGAAGUUUUAGGUCUUUACGGAUUCAUUAUUUCAAUGAUUUUGAGUGGCAAGUCCGUUCUAGCUUGUGGAGCCCGCCCUUAA